GACACCUACUGAAGAUAAAAGAAUCUACAUUAUUAUACUCUACUAGUGCUUUGGUAAUUAUCUCCUUAUUUUCUUUUUCCUAUAGUGAAAACAAAGCAAAUAAAAACAAUUAACAAGAAACUAGAGAAGUAAACAAGUAUUCUUGAUAUUGGUACUAUUGAUCUACUUUGAUCCUUGAAGAGCAAGCAAGAACUUCUCAAAAAAAAAUCUUGAUUUUGGGGUGUCCUUUUUUUUGUUUUUGGUGUUGAGGGGAUAAACAUUAGUAUAUAAAAACUGAUAAAUAUUUUGUGGGUUCAAAGAUGAUGACAUGGAGGAUAAGCAGAAGCUGAAGAAAGUGGAAAAUGGCAAGAAUAGAGUGGAGAGGAAAAUGGAUGUCAUAUAAACGAACAAUGAUUGUUAUUUGUUCAAUCAACAUAUUUGUUGCUCUUUAUGUGCUUCAUUCUCUCUAUACUUCUGUAUAUAUCUACCCUUUCAGUGAUACUCAAAUAGCUUUUAGGUAUACCCCACAUCAGAUUAGGAAAAUGGAAGAGUCAAUUCAGUUGCGGAAAAAACUAGAACCUGUAGAGCUUAUUAAAGCGGUAAAUCGCUUAAAGAAGGAAAAUUUGAUGGAUAAAAAGGUGCAACAAAUACCUCAGCAUAUUAAACAGAAGAUAGCAGAUGAGAUACUAGUGACUUUAAAAGGCAUGAAUGUGAAUGCGGAUGCGACUGUGCUGCAAGAUGCGGUGGAAAAUUGGCGGAGAGAAAAAUUUAAAGCCGCCACAGAACUUAUUCAUGAGAAGACAUCAAAUUCAACUACUUCUCUAAAGGAGGCUAGAUUACUUGCACGAGCUUUGGGCGAUGAUUGGGCUGAGCUGUCAGAAGAAAUUGGUCUCUGGAUCCCUGUUCAGAUCAUCAAUACGGAACACGAUGAUAAACCUGAGGGUGAAGAGGAACUUGAUUACGAAGCCGUAGCUGGCAAACAGCUUCCUCUUGAAUGUCAUGCUGAAGUUCAUACUGAUUAUAGUGGUGAUGCUGUCAGAUGGGGCCUCACCCACCAUAAAGAAUCUGCGUAUGAUUGUUGUAUGGCUUGUUUGAAUCAAGCUAAGCAUGCCGGCCCAAACAAAAAGAAAUGUAACAUAUGGGUUUACUGCCCAUCAGAGACGGGAUGCCACUCUCCGGAUAUUUAUCAACACAAGCAUCAGGAGUGUUGGCUAAAAUAUGCAGAGAAACCUAGAUUGAAUUUUAAGGACCGCUAUCCUCAAUCAUACAGAAACGCUCACCCAAAUGCGCCAGUAAUUGUUCCGUGGAUGUCUGGUGUUGUUAGUGUAUAAUUUGUCACUAACACAGUAGACGAUAAGCCUUGAGGUCUUGGUGCUUCCACGAUGUGAAGAUGUUGUAAUAGUUCCAAAUUGAGGCAAGAAAAUCGGAUCAGUUUUCUCGAGUUGCAGUUUCUAUGGGAGAGCUGCUUCUCUUGUUGUUAUUGUUGUUGUUGUCUUGUAGGAAGAUGUACCAAAAUAGAUUUUUUUUUUUUUUUUUGUAUUACACGGUGAUUAGCGUGGUCCUGGUAGCCUUAAGGAAGUGGAGUGCCUAGGUUGUAACAUUUUUGACAUUGUAAUUGUUGAUUAAAGUUUUCAGUUUAUGUCAAAGGGAUCUUAGCAACUGUUUGGUCAAUUAUUGUAUUCAAACAAGGAAUUCACUUACUGUUAUAAUAGUCUAUAUAAUGUCUUUUGAUGAA